AUGCAAAAUGAUUCAUCAAUUGCGUCCAAUAUUUUAUUGGCUGUUUCCCACGCGUACGUUACAAGCACUGGCUAUUGCCCUCGACAUUCUGGAGUGAGCCAAACUGUCGGAAAUACACGUGUUAAACUUGUCGCGGCCCACAGUUGGUGCGAGUAUAAACAAGCGAGGAGACGCAACGAGACGGCCGCGCUCGGUGCCACGUUGUCGCACGAGCGUCUCGACAUAUUUUUAGUGAGCUUGGACAGCACGCACGUCGUCGCACCGCCGCGGCGCCCGGCUAUAAAUACACGCUUCUACUCAGCACUUCGCAACAUCACCGGCUGC